AGCUGUGCAGCAUUGACCACGUGUUUGGAAUCUGUACACGCGAGGUGAUUUUUGCCUGUCGGUUAUCAUCAUAGACCAUUAAUCAGCAUGACAGCAUUGUCAUAUUUUCUAUUUUCGAACUAUUUUUAACUGUCAUAGUGAUGCCGACAUUGUGCAGUUCAGGAUGCGGCCAAAAUGCCUUGAUGAAGCGCCCGAAAACAGGGGACGCCCUGUGCAAAGAAUGCUUUUUCUGGGCAUUUGAGACUGAGGUGCAUCACACCAUAAUAAAGGGCCGCCUGUUUAAAAGAGGCGAUGUCGUUGCGGUGGCCGCUUCAGGCGGAAAGGACUCAACCGUACUUGCACACGUUCUCAAGACCCUUAACGAGAAGUAUGAUUACGGCCUUGAGCUGGUCCUUCUUUCCAUUGAUGAAGGAAUAACAGGUUAUAGGGAUGAUAGUCUUAAGACAGUUCAACAGAAUCGUGAUGAUUAUCAAAUGAAGUUGAAAAUACUCGACUACAAAGACCUCUACGGGUGGACAAUGGAUGAGAUCGUUUCUCAAAUAGGAAAGAAAAACAACUGUACUUUCUGCGGUGUAUUCCGGCGGCAGGCGUUGGACAGAGGAGCCAAUUUGUUGAAGGUCGACUCAGUAGCGACAGGUCAUAAUGCUGAUGAUAUAGCCGAGACUGUCCUUAUGAACAUACUACGAGGGGAUAUAGCUAGACUUCAAAGAUGUACUGCUGUCGUUACAGAAAGUGAUGACUCCAUUCCUAGAGUUAAACCUUUAAAAUAUGCUUACGAAAAAGAAAUCGUAAUGUAUGCAUACUUUAAGAAGCUAGUUUAUUUUUCGACCGAGUGCAUCUACGCACCAAAUGCUUACAGAGGGCAUGCAAGGGCUUUUUUGAAAGAUCUGGAAAAAAUUCGUCCCUCCGCAAUAAUCGACAUUAUACACUCAGGUGAACAGCUCAUGGUAAAAAAAGGCAUGGGCGUCCAGAAACGCGGCACAUGCAUCCAGUGUGGGUUCGUAUCGAGUCAGAAACUGUGCAAAGCUUGCACCCUCCUCGAAGGGCUCAACAAAGGCCGGCCAAAACUCGGAAUCGGAAAAACCAGCAAAGCUCAAGAAUUGAUCAAAACUGUGACUGAAAGGGUGGCGAUAGACUUUUAAAAGUCCUCUGUGAUAAACAUGAUGUUUUAGGAAAAUAUUGUUUAUAAUGGUGUAAAUAAAGUUUAACUAAUUUUAAUAUAUUU